AUGGUUUUGAACGCGGAAUCGUCUGUGUAUCUUCAUCUUCUGCAGAAUGUGGCUCUGAUCCUACUUGCGGCUCUCUUCACUCCUUUUUGUACUUUUGUUGCUUCUCUGAGCUGGUUCGUCUCGCCCCUUUUGAAGGACUUGAAACAUAUUAAGCAUCAUCGUCGAUGGCGGGAGAAAUCUUCUUCGACGUUUACACCGAGGACGGUGUUGAUCACGGGGGUGGGAAUGACAAAGGGACUUACUCUUGCAAGAGCCUUUUACCGCGCCGGUCAUCGGGUUUUGGGUGCGGACUUUGAGCCUUAUUAUAUUCCCGUCACAGGACGUUUUUCGUCUGCGAUCGAGAAGUUUUAUCGUCUUUCGUCUGCGACGGCUACUUCUGCGAAUGGAUCUGCAAGUUACAUUCAGGAUUUGGUUGAUAUCAUCACCGAAGAGAAUGUGGAACUGUGGGUAAGCUGCUCCUGUGCUGAGUCUGCAGUAUCAGAUGGCGAAGCAGCCGAGACGAUUGAAAAGGAGACCAAGUGCAAGGCAAUCCAAUUUGACCAUGCCUUGACGGAAACACUUCAUGAAAACCACUCUUUCAUAGCACACACCAAAGACCUAGGCCUCAAUGUUCCUACGACUCAUCUCGUGACUUCCGAGACUGAAGCUCUAAGUGUUCUCUACCCAUCCGCUCGUUCCUCUCCUCGCUUGGAGAAAUCGACCAUGUUAGGAGAUCAGAAAUACAUCAUGAAGCCAGUAGGAAAAAUUGACACCAUCCGUGGAGACAUGACACUCCUUCCCCUUCCCUCUCUUAGAGAGACAGAAGCUCAUGUCCAUCGUCUGAACCCCACGCCCUUCCGACCUUUCGUCUUGCAACAAUUCAUCUACGGCCCAGAAUACUGCACCCACGCACUUCUCCUCAAAGGGAAAAUCAAAGCCUUCGUUGCCUCUCCAUCCGCAGAUCUACUCAUGCACUACGUCCCACUUCCCACAUCCAGCGCCCUCUCCCUGGCCAUGUACCACUACACCAGUAUCUACGCACGCAAAACCCGACCGCUGAUGACCGGGCAUUUCUCUCUCGAUUUCCUGGUCCCAGAACAUAUCGCGGCCAAAGCAGAGCAGAUAUUCGGCCCCACAGAAGCCCAGAUUGAAGAUCUAAUCCAGGAGUUAUACCCCAUCGAAUGCAACCCGCGCGCCAACACAGCCGUCGUCCUCUUCAAAGACGAAUCCGAAGACCUCUCCGAAACCUACCUCUCAGUCCUCGACCCACCCUCCGCUCUCCCUCCCGACCUCAACCAUCGCGAUGCCAUGAAACUCAUUGUCCCCAAGCCUUCUAUCCUCGGGUACUACUUCCUCAACCACGAUGUCGUCGUCUUGUUCCUCCUCCCCGUUUACGAGUGUCUCCGUAGACGCAUCGGGGUUCUGGAUGUCCUGGGGAGGUGGAGUGAGGGGGUUGGUCAUGUGCUUUUUUGGCGCGAGGCGAAUUUUGAGAGCUGGGAUGUGUGGCCGUGGUGGUGGGGGAUUGUGGGAUAUUGGCCGUUGAGGUGGGCGGUUUGUGUGUGGGAGGGACGGUGGUGGGGGAGGUGUAAUGUUAGUACUAGGAAGUUGUUUGAGUUUUAG